CCCUGCGCUAUCUGCAAGAGGCCCGUUUUACACCCCAAGCUGUGACACUGCUCUCUGUCUGACGGAACGGAAUGGCGCCCGGCACCGGCGCGGUCCCCUCGGGCCGCCGCCUGUGGACGCUCUCGAAAGUCUGGAUAGCUGCACGUGACGUGCCCGAGGUCGCCGUGCUUGCGGCCCUCUGCGGCGGCGCGCUGGCGAUGGGCUUCUACACCUACUACCGGGAGAUGUGGACCCCGGCCGGCGAGUCCUUCCCGAGUGUGGAGGUGCGCCGUGACCCCGAGAAGCAGACGGCUGUCAUGGGGGCCUACAACAACCGCAGCAUGUUCUACCACGUGGCUCAGUGGAAGCACGACGACAAGGGCUACAGCAUGGGCGUGUUUGACAAUCGCUCCCGCCCCUUCGAGUACAACCUGCCCACACAGGGCGUGGUGCACUCGGGGCCGCAGUACGAGACCGAGUCGCGCACGCAGCAAAUCGGCAUGUGAAGGACGGCUGCAGGCGAAAGCACAUCAACAGGGCGGUCACGCAGCCAGCUCCCGCGCAGGCCAUGGCUGCGCUGAUGUCGUCUCCUACUAUGAUUGCGCUGGAAGGACAGAGGCGUAAUGUUGUUGAGAAGGGUAUCUGCCAAAGUUGGGGUGGGGGGGCGGGGAGCUGAAGCACGCGGCAGGAUGGCGUGAGCGGGCCGACAAACUGAUAACCCGAUGUUCAUACUGUGCAUACAUGCAUUGGGCCCAUAAUAGUUAUACCCGACAUGCCCACGUUGUAAACUCACCCAAGCUGCUGAGUCCAUUCAAACUGCGCCUUGCCGUUGCUCACGCUUAUUGCGUAGACCGGCCCCGGCCCUCCAGCAUUUGGUCUUGCGGGCCUAAUGGAGACCUCGGGACGGCUCUACAGAAACCGGGAGAGCUCGGGAGCACUCUGGAGAAUGCCGGAAUGCUCUCGAACGCGCU